CGUCCCUCCAACAGCAACAUGGAUCAGUCCAAGGCCAUCAACGCUCUCGCACCCUUCAUUGCCCUCGCCAAGUCCGCCAACUCGCCACGAGCAGCAGCCGAUCUUAUCAACCAGGCCACUUCGGCAGCCAAUACCUUUGUGUUCGCCGAGCUGUUGCAGCAGCCUAACAUCCAAGCUCUCGCCGGCAACGAGCAGUACGCUUCUUCACUCACCCUGCUCCAGAAGUUCGCUUGGGGUACGUGGAAGAGCUAUACCGCUACGCCUGGUCUCCCUCCACUCUCCGAUGCCCAGGCUCUCAAGCUCCGACUGCUCUCCCUCCUCACCAUUGCCUCCGAAAAGGGCGCAGCUUCCAACCUCAGCUAUGCCUCACUCUGUGCUCGCCUCGAUCUCGGAGACAUAGUCGAUCUCGAACACCUCGUGACGCACGCCGUCUACAGCAAUCUCAUCACAGCCACCCUUAACCCCGCGGCACAGACCGUCGUCAUCACCUCAGUUGCGCCACUCCGAGACCUUGCACCAGGCAGCCUACAGUACAUGAUGGCCGAGCUUGCCGCCUGGAGUGGGCGUUGCGACGCUGCGCUCGAGCAGCUGGAAGGCGAGAUCCAGAAGGUCAAGGCAGACGCGGAAAAGCGGUUGAAGAGGGAGGCAAAAGCUGAGAAGCAGAUCAAGGCUGUGAUGGAAUUGACCGAGAAGCCGAGCAACCUCAGAAGUGAAAGCAGCGGUGGCAGUGGCAGUGGAGGUGCAGGUGCCAUCCCGGGCCCGCGAGCUGGACCGAUCUCCCGGGGCACCAAUAAGAGAGACCAGGCUGAUGAUGAGGAUGAGUAUGAGGAUGUCAUGGAUGUCGACGAUAGUACGCGUCCGUCGGGCGGGAAGAAGAAACUUCCUGCUUUUGGUCUGGGCAGAAUGGCUGGCAAGGGAUCAAGGUAGCGACUGUCUAGCUUGCUACUUGCUGUUGACGGGAACAGCGAUCGAAGGGCGAUGGGAAAGGAGUUCCCUACGACCAAGGCCUGUCGCACCUCUCUCUAGGCUCGCUCGCAGCUUGCCUCUUCAGCUCGAAAACCAAUGGAAAGGCUCAAAGACGUGGUGCUACAUCCCGAUCAGACUCCGACUGCGAUAUGGUUGCUGCUUCUAGAGCAUGUUCGGGAUCGCUUUGAGCAAGUUCAUAUCCGUCUUCACCUUCAAACUGGCACAAAAGCCGAUGUCGGGGUGAAAGGACUCGAUAAGUGUGUUCUCAGCAGACGACUUGCCACUACCAUGGUGGACACUACCUUAUGCUUCAAGCACGGCAUUUCAUGAACUGAGCUCGUUUUGAAAAAGGGCCGAGACAUUGACUUCCUACCACCAAAGGAGUACAUGACCGCCAAAUGAGUACAUAUAAUUGGUCGGAAACUUGGAGCAUUGUCAAAGCAUUGCAUUACCAGGUAGUGUCAAACUCAGCGAUGAACCAUUCUGCAUUGGCCCUUCCAAUACUUCAAAGUCUAUACAUCCUCUGCCUCUUCCCCAUGUCGUCCGUCACUUACCGGCGUAUAAUCAUUCCUGAAAGUCCUUGCCUUGCUGGUACUAGAUCACUCCUACUGGGUCGCAUGCAUCACCUACCUUGCUGUGCCUACAACAUCAC